AUGAUGGGUCUUGUUCCCAAACCUUCCGCCAAAGAUAGACAUUGCAAAGGGUUCCAGUGUGCCGCUCUUCUUCUUUACACUUUGCGCACUUGUAGGAUCGGCCAAUUUGUACCUACGCGAAACAUGGAUGACACUACGAUGCAUCGAGCGGCCAGCCAGGAUUCGACAGACAUACGCUCUCCGCGGUUAAAGGAAACGUUUCCCUCAGUCGCCAACGAGGGAAGCCCUUCACUAGCCGAACAUGCAUCAACCACUAAGCCGCUGACAUUUCCUAAACCAACCCAUAGUCGCGCGGAUAAUUGGAUGAUUGUCUCGUACCGACGGACACGAUUCAGCAAGUUUUGCAAGGUUGAUGUGCAUCCCGAAGACUAUUCCAAGCGCAAUAAUUUGCCCAGGUGUCGCCCAAGUCUCGUUGACCCCUUACCAAGUACUCCGCUUUCGGAUUGCGAUACGUGUGAUGCUGACAGCAAUUUGCAUCGACAGAAGGACUCUUUACCGGACCGCGUCGAUGUGAUCGUAGAGGCGACUGCACUUUGUGAUCAAGAUUUGCAUAUACGGCGCAAUGCUUCCGAAAUACAUAAAUGGUGGCCCUGCGCGUUCGGUAGCAGCUUUGUCGGACGCGCCCAGGCCUGCGGCCCCGAAGCGAAAGAAGCCGGGAUCAAACCAGGAUCGCGCGUGGCUGUAAUAGCCAAAAGUGGACCUAUUGCCCGCUACGUUCCCGCUCGCGCACAGGAUUUAGUGACUGUACCGAAAGAAUUGGAUGCUGCCGACAUUGCCUGCCUAAUUGCUACAUACUUACCAGCCUUCCAAGCUUUGCAUCACGGAAGGAUCCGCCCCUACCGGUAUUCUCGAACAUGUUUCAAAGGAAGGAGGAUUUUGGUCACUGGUGGAGCUUCACCGGAAGGACUGGCAGUCGUUCGAUUGGCUCAAUUGGCGGGAGCCAAGGACAUUUUUGUAACGGCCCCGAGAGCGCACUUUGAUGUUAUCAAAGCGCAGCGUGCAAUACCGGUCGACGACAAUGCAGAGGCAUGGUUGGAUCAGCUCGAAGGGCGUAUCGACAUUGCCAUCGAUUUGAAUUUUCCAAGAAAUUUUGUCUUUGUACGUCAGUCUUUGGCACGGAAGGGGAGAUUGGAACAGGACUUUGGGUUUCUCCUACGUAUGCUAGCGCUUCGAAAGAUUCGCCCACACAUUGAUUGCUUCAUCCGACUGGGUGAUGUCCCUGAAACCCUCCUAGACCUACGUGCCAAGCUAUCAACUGGCACCAUCAUUUGUGAACCUUGGAAAUAG